AUGACGGAUGAGGAAGAUUUCCUUUCUCAGGUCACAGUCAGUCUGGUUUCAACUCCGCUGCCUGUGGUGAGUUUCUGCCUCUCUGGGGGACUGUAAAAUGAGCCAGUAUCUCGACAUUUGAAAAUUUGUUUCACUUCUGUGGACCGAUUUUAUUAAUGAAACGUGCUGAUAUCUCAGUAACUUCUAACAGCCAUGUGAUCUGCUGCAAAGCGUAGCUGCGCUCCGUCAGGUGUGCGCUGAGGGGGACAGUGGCAUCUGUUGCUGACGCCUCUUCACUUUCACCGGGUCGGACAGGAGGACACACACGGAGCCGACGAGGAGAAUUAAGUGUUACGUGCGAGCAAAAGCCUUCUAAUCUCUGAUCUAUCGGAUUAUUGGACGGGAUUUAGCCUUUCUGACCACUGUUUUACGCAAAUUGCGCACCGACAUUUACGCAUUCAUAUUCGCGCCCGCGGAGCUCACACGAUGGAUUAAUUCCUCAUUAGUUUUAGCUAAUAAGUUUUUGAUGUGUGCUCUCAGAAAACUGUGCAUUAUAAGAGAUUCCCAUGAUGCUAAAUCAUGAUGAUCUUUUGGUCACUGAAGCGCGCAGCCGUACGUUGGAUUAAGAGCCAGCUACUUUCCACAGCUCUUGGACCAAGCACCUGCUUAUUCUCCUGAGACACUUUGACCCGUUUCUCCCUGUUUGAAUCGCUGGGAUGGAAUUCGAGUUGAGACCUAGGCUGUGUUUCCUGACCAAAGGAGAGAACGGUUAUGGGUUUCACCUGCACGGUGAGCGGAAUAAAGGCGGACAGUUUAUCCGCAAAGUGGAGUUCGGCUCCUCCGCUGACCUGGCCGGGCUGCGACCCGGAGACCGACUGGUGGAGGUGAAUGGGGAGAAUGUGGAGAAAGAAACUCAUCAUCAGGUGGUAAACCGGAUUCGUGAGGUGCCCCACCGCACCAGACUGUUGGUGGUGGACAGAGAGACAGAUGAGUUCCUCCACAGCCAGGGCCUGGCCUGCACAGAGGAGCUGGCCAUUGAGAUGGGGACCUUCUCCCCUCGCCCUUCUCCAGCACCCACGCCAGCCGCUUCCCCCCUGCCUAGAGAGAAUUCCUCCCUGUCGCCCAAACCCAAUCACACAUACAUAUUUAAUUAUACUCCUGCAGCGUCCCCCACAUGCAUGAUCACGCAAGACAAGGUCAAGAGGUCCUCGGUGACAUCAAGCACAGCAACCGACACAGAGCUGCAGGCCCAGCCUUCACCGGAGCCAACGGCCGAGCUCCUUCCCCGCCUAUGUCACCUGGUGAAGGGAGAGAGCGGCUAUGGCUUCAACCUGCACAGCGAUAAGGCAAAGGGUGGACAGUUCGUACGUGCCGUGGACUCCGACUCACCUGCUGAGAGUGCAGGCAUCAGGUCUGGAGACAGACUAGUGGAGGUGAAUGGAGUGACCGUAGAGGGCCUGAGGCACUCGGAGGUGGUGGGACUCAUCAGAGCAGGAGGGAGGGAAGUACGCCUCCUAGUGGUAGACCAGGAGACGGAUGAGCUUUUCCAUAGGUUGGGAAUCACACCGACUGUCAGCCACAUUAAAGAGGUGUAUGUGGAUGACACAGCCACAGAAAGCAUCCCACCCACCAUUGAACUACCUGCCACAGAUCCACCGAUCAUAAACGUCUCUCCGACAAACUCGUCUCCGACAAACUCGUCUCCGAUCACAAACUCGUCCCCCAUCCCAAACUCGUCUCCGAUCACAAACUCAUCCCCCAUCACAAACCCGUCUCCGAAAUCGUGGACCAACGGGAGCUCAGCGUCCCAGUCGUCCAGAAGUUCCACCACCCAGUCAGAGAUCAGCAGCUCAGACAUGAGCUUCCAGGUCCCCGAUGAGGAUGACAGGCAUAUUCCAGACCCUUUUAUGGACAGUGGCCUGCGUCUGAGCCCCACAGCUGCUGAGGCAAAACAAAAGGUCCUCGCCAACCGCAACAAGAAGAGAGCGCCCCAUAUGGACUGGAGCAAGAAACAAGAGCUCUUCAGCAACUUCUGACCAAAAAAAAGAUGAAAAAGGCACAAAGAACUGAAGAGUAAUAUCGUAAUUCAAAUCAUAAACACCAUCUUGUAGAAGCAUGGAGGAGGAUGCUUUAGUCAUUCUGAAAUUUAUUUCUGUGUCUAAAUAUAUUGUACGAUAUCAAAUAGUAUUUUCUAGGUGUCUGCAUUUACAGUAUCUGUAAGGACAAAGACAUGCUCAAGUUUCUCUUUUUUAAAUUAUUUCAGAGCCCCAACUAUGAGUCUGUGACAGCUUCUAUGCUUCUGUGAUAUCAGUAGCUUUCGUCAGAUUUGGGAUGAACUUCCUACAGAUAAUCAAAAUAAUGUCAUUUUAUUCAUUUCAAAUAACAGUUUCAUGUUUUAUAGAUUUGCAAUAAGGUAAUAGUCCUGGAAUAGUCACUGAUGUAUUUACUUGUUGAUUUUCUUUUUCUCGUAUUAGGUCAUAUGCAAUUAGGUCAUAUUUCACUGGAGCUCAUGGCUGAGGCUAAGUUAUAAAAUAAAUUAUGUUGGAUCACCUCGGUGCUUCUCUGAAAUGUCCCAGAGUCAUUUCUGGAAAGAAAAAUGUUUCAAAGACAAGUAGUUGACUAGAACUUAACACCGUCUGGAUAUUUGUUGUAUUGUAAUUUUCUCCACAAUGUAAAAUAAACUUUCAGAAUAUCAGUAAAAUGCAAUAGUAGUGUGAGUUAUCAAUACAUGGUGAAAUGUGGCAGCAGUGGGGUGAGUAUUUCUGUGGUAUUCAUGUUAAAUGAUUUAACUGAGCAGCCGGUGACAGUGGGCUGACUCCUGGGCCUUUAAACCUUACCUGCACCCGCACAUUCAAACAGCCUUUAAACUCAGCUGACACUUAAAUUUACAUUGUUACUAUGACAUAUUUUCUUCUGAAUGUCACAACCUGCUCAGGUGUUCAGCCACAAUCUCUGUAUAUUAAGGGGUCCUAACAAAAGCCCCAAAUUGGCAGCGUCUUUAGUAUCAGCAGCAGAGUCCACACCUGAAAUACUGACUGUCUUGUGUUGAACCAUGCAUUUGGGAAGUGGUUGUCUCGUUUCCUAAUGUACAAGUACAUUGUACCCUGCCCUGAACGUUACAAACUACACUGUCUUUGGGGUGAACAAGUCUGUUUCAGUGUCUUGCUGGGCUUUUAAGAGCACAGGGGUUUAUUGUGUUUAUUCAAAGUUCUCCUUAAUAAACACACUCCUCAGUGUGGUUGUCAACAGCUAGCUAUACGAGUUUUAGGUGGGCACAACCUAAACUCCUCACCAGUCAUUCAGAACUGAACAAUCUACCUGAAUGAGAGGUGAAACCGUCUUCAAGACUCCAGUUGCUAUUAAUGAUAUAAACAAUCAGUUUUACGGUCAAACCAUAUCUAGACAUUAAGUGGCCUACGUGUUUUACCUCUCAAAAUAACACCGGCAGUGUUACAUUUUCGGUUUCAGAUGCAGAUUUUGAAGUGUCCUGUUAGUAUUUGCUGUUGUAUAUGAUACAUCAGGUGAUCUCAAGUGAAGGAUUAUCCUGAACUUUCUCCUGUCACAGCACCAUCCCAAGCUCCAGGGUAAGUGGGUAAUUCCAAGGCGGGGACUGAAUGAUGCUCUGCAGCGUAACAGUAGCCUGUAAUUAUGCCGUUUGCUGGAGGAUGGAUCCGAUUUGUGGCUUGUGGGAGAUUUCUGUCUCUUAUUUGUGUGGCCUCAGACUGGCUUUGAAGAGUUGACUCAGGGAGAUGUUUCCUAUGGAGAAGAUCAAACCAUAUGAGAGUUUGAUCCUCUGACUGGAAAUGAAUCCCUUCCAGGGGAAAAGUGGCCUGUCAAAAGCCGAGUGUGUGAGUCUUCCACAUUAUUUCGGAUGCUUUUCAGAAAGGGCACAGGCAGUCCAAACAUUGUGUGAGGUGAAAAAUCACUAAUGACAUAACCUUACUUAGCCAUAACAUUAUGACCACUUUUUCCAUAAAAAUAGACCCACCCCGUCGAGGCAUGGACUCCACUAGACAUGUGAAGGUACGCCGUGGUUUCUGGCUCCUAGAUGUUAGCCGCAGCAGAUCCCUUAAGUCUUGAAUGUUGUGAAGUCCCACAGAUGUUGGAUUGGGUUGAGAUCUUGGAAAUUUGGAUGCCAGGUCAACACCUUGAACUCAUUUCUGCUUCCAUGAAAGAGUGUAUAUGGGCUGCAGCGAUUCUUAAGUUGUUGGUAAUAUCCACAAGAACGGCAGGACCCAAGGUCUUCUUGGAAAACAUUGACAAAAGUAUUAUACUGCCUCCGGGAUUCCAUGCGACUUCCCAUCGUGCAUCCUGGUACCAUGUGCUCCCCAGGUAAACGGUGAACACAAAUGUAACCAUAUAAGAUACAAGAGAAAAUGUGCAUAAUUAGGCCAGAACAUCUUCUUCUGUUGCUAUAUUGAUCCAGUUCUGAUGUUCUCAUGUCCAUUGUAGGCAGUUUAGACAGUGGGCAGGGGUCAGCAUGGGACAUCCUUGAUGUGUCUGCAGCUACACAGCCCUGUACAGAACGUACUGUGAUGCACUGUGUGUUGUGACACAUUUCUAGAACCAGCAUCAUCUUUAAUUAAUGCUACGGUAACUCAUCUUUUGGAUUGUCUCCCCCUGUGGUGCAUCAAUGCACCAUGGUCAUCCGUGACUCUGCUGCCGGUUCACCGCCUUUCCUUCCUUGGACCAUUUUUGACAGGUACCACUGAAGACCAGGAACACCCCACAAGAGCUGCAGCUUUGGAGAUGCUGUGACCCAGUUGUCCAGCCACCAAAAUCUGGCCCUGAUCAGAGUAUGUCUUAGUGAUUUGGGUAUUUACUUUAGAGGCAUCCUAGCCCUUCAUCUCUUGACAAAAGACAGCGGACGGGCAACUACAACAACCAUCCUUCAGCAUGCAUGACGUGAUUUAUUUCGAGAAUCCACAAUCCAGCUGAGUUUUUAAGAGACUCUAACACACAAUCUGUAAAUCAUGGAGUAGACUCAAAAGCACUUUAUUUCCAUUCCCGCCUUCAAAAUAAUAGGGAACACGACUGGCGAAAGCAAUCCACAGAAAAACAAAAAGUUCCAAAGUCUUUCUGCCGCAUCGCAACAAUAUCAUGCUUUUCAUUAUAUAAACACUUUAGAAAAAGACACUCCUUCUAUUCAAGACGCCCGUUCUCCCUUCCUUCCCUUAAAACUCAGCGUGUUCCAUCACUGAAAGCAGACGACUGUAUCAUCCUAAGAAAAUGUACACUGAUCUUCCAAUUACAAAAAAAAAUAAAAAUAAUAAUAAACACCAAAAUUAGCUUUCUCUUGUGCAAGCUUUGAACCAUGGAAAUAGAAUUAGACUGGGUUUUCAGAUUGUCUUGUAUUUUAAGCGACUAAUGAGAUUAGGUCACAGUCCGGGUCUAAUCAAGUGCCAACGACUGUUUCCAAAUGUCCACACGCUGCAAAACACUGGCAGAUUAUCGACAUAAAAAUAUAGAUCCCUGUAAUCAAUUAUUAACUAUGAUUAACCAUAAAAAGCCCUGCUGUCUCUGUACUUCUACAUCAGCACGGUACUUACGGAGCGGCCUGGCUUACCGUCUGCGUCAUAAAUUUCAGUGGCUAUUGCUCUUUGGCAGUGUCCUAGCUCUUAUUUUUUGUUAAGCGUACCGUGCUAUCUUUCUGGUUGCGAAUUCGAGGUGGUGUGUUGGCGUGUAAAGGGCAAUCACUCCAAAAUAUGCUCUGAAAUAUACACUACAGCACACACACACGCAAACACACACACAUUCACACAGUGGGAAACACAGACAUAGAGCAUGCACACAAGGUAGGCCAGGGCAGGCUACGGACACCUUUAAAAAAAAAAUAAAAUGAACUUGCACUCCUACUGUGCACACAUUAUAUGAACGGAGCUAACUUUCUAAAACAUGCUCAUAGGUAAAAAAAAAAAAGGUACUCAUGCGCGCAUACUCAUGCAAGGAUCUCUCUCACACACGCACACACCUCAGCAAUAUGGCAAGGUUAGUCAUUGUAAAAGUGCGGAUUAGUCGCAGUUUCACAAAGUUGUUUUUAUUUGCCAUUUAGUAUUGGGAUAUUUUUGCCAGUCAUAGACACUUAAUUUCACAGUGCAACACAGUAUGACAAACACUGACAUUAGGGUCAAGACAUAUCAUAUGGGUGAGGUUAAAAAAUAAAUCCUUACAAAAAAAAAAUAAAUGAAAACGGUAAAAUAAAAUAAAAA